UCAUCAAGGCGGUACCGGAGCAUCCCCAGGACCAGGAAUCCCUCUUCAACCUGAUGUCGGGGAUCUUGGGCAUCUCUCCCUUCGCCACCUCUGAGGGCCACCAAAGGCACCCGGAUGCUCUUUUCCCCUGUCCCGAGGUGGCUCAGAGCCAGCUGGACCUUUACGCCGCCUGCCAGCCCGAAAUGAGUGGAUCCACCCAAACCCCUUUCCCGGAGCAGGGCUAAUUCGACCCCUCCUUGGCCCAGCCCGAAGUCCUACCGGGUCUGAUGAGCUCCGCCGAGCUCCUCCAUCCUCACCCCUCGCCCCCUGUCCCCGCUGCGGACUUUUUGGGCCACCCCACCUCUUCCUCCAUCCCUUCCUUGCUGCCCACCAACCCUCCCGCCUUGGCUGAGCCCAAGAAGAAGACUCGCCGGACCAAAUGCUCUUCCAAAUGCUUCUGCCCGAAACCCCACGAGAAAGCUUUCGCCUGCCCGGUGGAGAACUGCAUCCGGAGCUUCGCCCGCUCCGAU